AUGGCCUCCACAGCGGCUCUCAGUGCAGCAGCACAGGACCGAAAGGCACGACUGGCACAGCUCAAAUCACUGAAGCGAAAGCAGCCGGAUACCACAGAGGAGCAGCAAGACGAGACCGCGCCCGCAGCAGCAUCACGCGAAAACGACACCACCGAAAGCGACACGAAAGACCUCACCUCGAAAUACCUCUCCGGACGCAACUACGACCCAGAGACCAAAGGCGCAAAACUAGGCUUCGAGAAUGCACCGCAAGAAGGCAAAGAGACGCUCGAGAAGAAGGCAGCGCAGCUCGCUCUCGAAACAAAACUCCAGGCCGAGCAGGAAGAAAAAGCCGACAAGCCCUUGGACCUCUUCAAACUCCAGCCAAAGAAGCCCAACUGGGACCUAAAACGAGACCUCGACCGUAAGCUCGAAAUCCUGAAUGUCCGAACAGACAAUGCGAUAGCACGCCUGGUACGCGAACGCAUAUCAAACCAACAGAAAGCCGCGCAAGCAAGGAACGGCACCGCUGCAACGGCUACGAACGGGGAUGCAGAGGCAGCGGGUAUAGAAGGCACGACGCUUGUGGAAGCGACCAACGUCAGAGAACGCGAGGAUGAAGAAGAAGCACGCAGGGAGCGUGAAGAGGACGAGGCCUUGCUUGACACGACAGGGAGCUGA